GUGAAGGUGCUGGAGGAAGCCCGGAGGAGGGGUUACGUAUGUCAGGGACUGCUAAUGUGGGGGCGAGCGCUGUCAGCGAGGCAGACCGAGCAGGAUCCGCGGACUCAGACUCCGAGACUCCUUCUUCACUCGCACUCUCCUCAGGCUCAGCCUCUGGCGCAGGGUCUGGAGGGAGAUAUCCUCGCGCUUGACUUGCACCGACAGGGCGAGAAUGCCACGAGGCGGAUCGGGAUGCGAGGGUGCUUCGAGGACCGAGCAGAUGUUGUGCUUGUUGAAUCGCUUUGUAGCGAGGGUCAUCCUCCUCGAUCAAUCGGGGUGUCCGAUUUGGGCUGCUCGCAAUGUCUCAGGGCUGUCUGGGAUGUAGACAUCGAUGAGAUCCUGGGAGUUGAAUGCGUGGAUCUGGCCUUGACAGGCAGCCACAAUGGAUGGGGAGAGGAUGGGGAGGUGCGCGUACUACAAUGGCCGUGCUAUACUAGCUUACGCUACGGCGCCUGA